UAAAAACAAUUUGCUACUGAAAUUAAUGCAACGAAAACAUACUGUGUCAAUCCCGCAAUAAAGUAGGUGAAAUGUGAUUGAAUUUGUGUAAAAUAAUCUAAUUAAAUAAGUUAAUGAGCUAGUUUAGUUGAUAAUAACGUCGAGAAAUAUAUAACAGGUACAAAAUGCGGUGGGUGCUAUUAUCAAUAGUAGUGCUUCUAUGCAGUAGCUACAUGGCUCGAGCAUUUGAGGACCAGGCCCUGGAAGACGAUGACUUCGCAGAGUUCGAGCAGUUCGAGUCUGAGGAUGAUGAACUGGCCACUGAUUUUACUGAGGAGAAGGAGCUCCCAGUGAAACCGAAGUCAUCAUCGAAGGAUCAGUUUGAAGCCAACGUGGAGACUGAAGACGAGAUCUUAGUGGAGGAUGAAGACAAUGAGUUCGAGCACUUCCAAGAUCCAGAGGAGUUUGAGGGGUUCCAGGAUAACACCCCUCGCACCUCUGAACAGCCAAAGAUCACUAUUUCUAAGGUUCCUAUAAUGAUCCGUCCUCGCUGGGACGCGUAUUGGCUGGAAGGCAUACUGUGCUGCCUCCUGGCUGCGUACGCGCUCGCCUAUGCCGUCGGCAGAGCGAAGAACACCUCCAUUGCGACCAACUUCUUGAAGCUACAUAAACCACUGCUCGAUGAUAAUUUUACUUUAGUCGGUGAGACAGGACUAGACGUGGUAGCCGCUAGCGACGAGCGCGGGUGGCGCCGGGAGGCGGAGCACUGCUUCACCAUGUGGUGCAGCGGCAGGCUCUGCUGCGAGGGCAUGCUGCUAACCCUCAAGCUUAUUAAGCGUCAAGACCUAGUCCACGUGCUGCUAGGCGUAGUCCGUCCGACGCCGGACACGCUGCUGGUCCGAGUGGAGCUGGGCAAAGACGACAGCGAUCCCUUCGUGCUGUGUGUCGCGCAGAAGAAGAUCGCCACCAGGCUCGCUAAGGAAAUGCAGGAUUUGAGCGUAUUCUGUCCGGAGCGUCGUGCGGGCGACAAGCACGGGCUGCCCACGGCCCUCUCAGUACUGUCAGAGACUGCGGAAGCCACGGCGGGAGUGUUGGACGCCCGCGUGUGUGCGGCCCUGGCGCAGUACCAUCAACACGUGCAGUAUAUACACAUAUCCGACCGGUACUCCGGCCCGAAGCAGAUGGAGGAAUCAGCAGUGACCAAGCCCCCAGACACUGAGAAGGUCAUGCUGGUCAGUCUGGCACUCGGCCCCGACGGCGGCGGCGACGAGCUGCGGCCGCUACUGCUGCUCAUCUUCCACCUCAUGGACAAGAUCAAGCGGCUCAGACUCAGCAAGGAGGCUCUAGCGAAGUGCGAGAAGCGCCGGCAGAAGGUGGCGGAGGCGUGGCUGCGCGGAGCUCACGCCGCCCGGCAGGAGCAAGCCGCUGCCCGGAGGGAGGAGAAGCGAAAGCAGGAGAAAGAACGCAUCCUCGCUGAAGACGACCCAGAGAAACAGCGUCGCUGGGAACUAAAAGAGCAGAAACGCCAGCAAAAGCGCAAAACGCCAAAAAUGAAGCAGUUGAAAGUCAAAGCCCUUUGAUCACGCUUCGGUUUAUACCCAGCAAUCAGUCACAUGCAAUAUUAUUUACAAUAAACUUUUGUUAUUUAUCUUAAGUGUUACAUACUCAAUGGCUGCGAAUAAAUGAAUUUUAAGUUAUA